AUGAAGUUAGUAAACAAGGGCAGUGGAAUGUGUUCAGUUAGACUGUGUCGAUGCUGUGCCAUGUGUAAUGUAGAACAGGUGGAGCAAGUGGAGCAAGUCCCUUUCAUUGGAGAAGUUUUUGUGAGCUUUGGGAAGAAAUCUUGGAUUGAAGGGGUAUUCUGCAAGAGAGAAUGUAACAAAUUCAUACCCAGCUCAAAAGACCCUCACAGAUGCACUCAAGGCUGCCAAGUCUGCCAGAAUUUAGUCAGGUGUUACUGUGGCCGACUGAUUCAUGAACAUCAUGGGCUAGAUUAUGCCUGGAGCCUCUCAGCUGUUGAAGGCGGUGGAAAUGAACAAUGGUCUGUUGAGAAGCACACAGUGAAAAGCCCUACAGAUACCUUUGGCACCAUUAAUUUCCAAGAUGGAGAACAUAUCUACCACUCCAAGUACAUUAGAACUUCAUAUGAUACAAAAUCGGAUCACCUGUUGCAUUUAAUGUUGAAAGAAUGGAAUAUGGAGCUGCCAAAGCUUGUGAUCUCUGUCCAUGGGGGUAUCCAGAACUUCAAGAUGUCCUCUAACCUCAAAGAAGCCUUCAGCCAGGGUCUGGUCAAAGCUGCAGAGACCACAGGAGCAUGGAUAAUUACAGAAGGCAUAAACUCAGGAGUGUCCAAGCAUGUUGGCGAUGCCCUAAAAGCCCAUUCCUCUAAGUCUUUGAGGAAAAUCUGGACAGUUGGAAUCCUUCCUUGGGGUGUCAUUGAGAACCAGAGAGAACUAGUUGGAAAAGAUGUAGUGUGCAUGUACCAGACUCUGAGUAGUAACCCGCUCAGCAAGCUCACCACACUCAACUGCAUGCACUCUCACUUCAUCCUGUGUGAUGAUGGGACUGUGGGCAAGUACGGAAAUGAAGUGAAGCUCAGGCGGAACCUGGAGAAGCAUCUUUCGAUGCAGAAGAUACACAGCUGUUCAAGACAAGGUGUGCCUGUGGUGGGACUGGUGGUGGAAGGUGGCCCCAAUGUCAUCCUCUCAGUAUGGGAGACUGUCAAGAACAAGGAGCCUGUGGUGGUGUGCGAGGGUACAGGCAGAGCUGCUGACCUCUUGGCCUUCACCUACAAGCAUUUGGAGGAUGGAGGGAUGCUGCACCCUCAGGUGAAAGAAGAGAUCUUCCGUUUGAUUCAGAGCAUGUUCAACUUUAGCCUUAAACAGUCUAAGCACCUUUUUCAAAUUCUAAUGGAGUGCAUGAUACACAAGGAUUCUAUUACCAUAUUUGAUGCCGAUUCUGAGGAGCACCAAGACCUUGAUUUGGCAAUCCUCACGGUUUUGCUGAAGGGCACAAGCUUGUCAAUAUCAGAACAAUUAAAUCUGGCAAUGGCUUGGGACAGAAUGGACAUUGCCAAGAAACAUAUUCUAAUUUAUGGACAACAUUGGAAGCCCGAUGUUCUAGAACAAGCAAUGUUAGAUGCCUUAGUGAUGGAUCGGGUAGAUUUUGUGAAACUCUUGAUAGAGAAUGGAGUGAACCUGCACCGUUUCCUCACCAUCCCCCGCCUGGAAGAUCUCUAUAAUACAAAACAAGGACCAACUAAUAUGUUUUUGCGUCAUCUUGUCCAAGAUGUAAAACAGCAUACCCUUCUCUCGAGCUACAGGAUAACGCUCAUCGACAUCGGGCUGGUAAUAGAGUACCUCAUUGGUGGAGCCUACCGAAGCAGCUACACAAGGAAAAGUUUCAGAGUUCUCUACAACAAUCUCUACAGGAAAAACAAGCACCCCCUUCACCAGAGACAUUCCUUGGGAAGCAGAAAAGAGUCUUCAGAAAGCACACUGCAUUCCCAGUUCUUUAGGACUGCCCAGCCCUACAAAUCCAAGGACAAGCCUGGAGACUCACACAAGUCAAAGAAGAAAUCAAAGGAAAUACACAGCCUAUCCGAGGACCCCGAGUCUGCUGGCUUUCUCUACCCGUACAAUGACUUGCUGGUGUGGGCUGUACUAAUGAAGAGGCAGAAGAUGGCCAUGUUCUUCUGGCAGCAUGGAGCAGAGACCACAGUCAAGGCAGUCAUUGCUAGCAUUCUCUAUAGAGCCAUGGCCCGGGAAGCUAAGGAAAGCAACAUGGUGGAUGACACCUCAGAGGAACUGAAAAAUUACUCAGAGCAGUUUGGCCAGCUUGCCCUGGAUGUGUUGGAGAAGGCCUUCAAGCAGAACGAGCCGAUGGCCAUGAAGCUGUUGACCUAUGAACUCAAGAACUGGAGUAAUUCCACCUGCUUGAAACUGGCGGUGUCUGGAGGACUGCGCCCUUUUGUGUCACAUUCUUGUACCCAAAUGCUGCUGACAGACAUGUGGAUGGGACGUCUGAAAAUGAGGAAGAACUCCUGGCUGAAGAUAAUCAUCAGUAUCCUUUUACCACCCAUGAUUCUGACAUUGGAAUUUAAAAGCAAAGCUGAGAUGUCCCAUGUCCCACAAUCCCAGGAUUUCCAGUUUACAUGGAAUUACAGUGACCAGAGCCUCAGUAACACCAAAGAAAAUGCUUGUGUGAAAAACUAUGAUUUGGAAAGAGGCCCUGAUGAGAAACUGGAUGAAAAUCUGCACUUGGACUUAAGAAAUGGGCCACAGAGCCUCCCCUGGACAAGGAGAGUCUACGAGUUCUACAGCGCUCCCUUUGUCAAGUUUUGGUUUUACACGAUGGCUUACUUGGCAUUCCUCAUGCUGUUCACUUACACAGUGUUGGUGGAGAUGCAGCCUGAACCCAGCGUGCAAGAGUGGCUUGUCAUCAUUUACAUCUUCACCAAUGCCAUUGAGAAGGUCAGGGAGAUAUGCAUUUCAGAACCAAGCAAGUUUACUCAAAAGGUGAAGAUGUGGCUGAGUGAAUACUGGAACCUCAUAGAAACUGUGGCUAUUGGCCUCUUUUCCAUUGGUUUUGGCCUACGGUGGGGACACCCCCCUUUGCAUACUGCAGGAAGACUCAUCUAUUGCAUAGACAUCAUAUUCUGGUUCUCUCGGCUCAUGGACUUCUUUGCUGUGAAUCAACAUGCAGGUCCGUAUGUGACCAUGAUUGCAAAAAUGGCAGCAAACAUGUUCUACAUUGUGAUCAUGAUGGCCAUUGUCCUGCUGAGCUUUGGUGUGGCUCGAAAAGCCAUCCUCUCACCCAACGAGCCUCCUUCGUGGCGCCUGGCUCGAGAUAUUGUAUUUGAGCCAUAUUGGAUGAUGUAUGGAGAAGUCUAUGCUUCAGAGAUAGAUGUUUGUGAAGGUGAAACUUCUUGCCCUCCGGGUUCUUUCCUAACUCCAUUCCUGCAAGCUGUCUACCUCUUUGUUCAGUACAUCAUCAUGGUGAACCUGCUGAUUGCCUGCUUCAACAACAUUUACUUAGAUAUAAAAUCCAUCUCGAAUAAGCUCUGGAAAUACAACCGCUAUCGCUACAUCAUGACCUACAACCAGAAGCCCUGGCUGCCUCCACCCUUCAUCCUGCUGAAUCACGUGUGCCUGCUCCUCCAAGGUCUCUGCUGUCGCCCAGCGCCACAGGACCAGGAAGAGGGUGAUGUAGGACUAAAGCUCUACCUUACUGAGGAGGACUUGAAAAAGCUUCAUGACUUUGAGGAGAAGUGUGUGGAAAAAUAUUUCCAUGAGAAGACGAAAGGUCUGAAUUGUAGUUUUGAGGAACAGAUCCGAGUGACAUCAGAAAGGGUUUCAGAGAUGUUCUUCCAACUGAAAGAAAUGAAUGACAAAGUAUCUUUUAUAAAAGACUCCCUACUGUCCUUGGAUAGCCAGGUGGGACACCUCCAGGAUCUCUCUGCCCUGACUGUUGACACCCUAAAGGUCCUUUCAGCUGUUGACACAUUGCAAGAAGAUGAGGUUCGUCUGGCCAACAGAAAGAAUUCUACUUGUAGAAAACGUCCCCACAGCUGGACCAAUGUUAUCUGUGCAAAUGUUCUAAGCAGCAUGGAGGGCUAUGAAAAGAAGAAAUUUCAGUACUAUAGCAUGCCCCCUUCUUUGCUGCGGAGUCUUGCUAGAAGCCAGCUUCCCCCAAGAGGGCAGAAUGGUGCCCUCUUAGAGAUUACACACAGUAAGAGAGAGGCCUCACCUGUAGGAGAAGAACAGGAGGAACAAGAAAUUGAAUCAAGGACAAUUGCUUCUAGUGUGCCUCAUGUCAGACAAGCACAUUCUAAGUAUGGCCAGUUUCUCCUGGUCCCGUCUUCUGAAAAGCAAGUUCCUUUGUCUUUAGAAAAACCCCCACAUAUUUUCAGAUCAUCUGAGGAGGCCCACAUAGAUGGCCUGGCACUGGAACAUGUAUGCCAACAUGAUAUCACCAUCCAUCUGCCUGUGCAGACCCCUGCUGCCUCCCACCAAGCGUUGGUAGCUGGACACAAGGAACAGCAUGAGGCAGUCACACAGAUGUCAGACAAAUAUGACAAGGCAGAAGAAGAUCCAUUCACGCUUAGUGGCAUGUCUGCUCCCAUGACAAUGACUUCUCUUCCUUCCCAAGCCAUUAGCAUGCAAGCUGAAGGUGGAUAUGUGAAUUGGGCAUUUUCAGAAGGUGAUGAAACCAGUGUGUUUAGUUUCAAGAAAAAGUGGAAAACUUGCUUGCCUUCCACUAGCAGCAGUGACUCCAUUCCAGGCAGAGAAUGCCCCCUGAAGAGAGGAGGCAGGUCCAGACUGGAUAACUCAAGAAGACUGGCCCAGAGUAGUGAGCACUCAGUGGUGGCAGGACCAUGGACCCAGCCAAGAAGAUCUUUUUGGAUCAAUCCUCUCUGUAGAGACAGACCUCUCAUUAGGAGUCGUAGUUUUAGGUUCCACAAGGAGGAGAAACUGAGGAAGAUCUGGAAGAACAGCAACCAUUCAAGAUCCUCAGAGACAGGGUCAACAUGGAUCAAAGCAAAACUUCUCACCAAGAACAGGAGCCUGUCCAAGAAGACAAGGACUCAGGGUCUCCAGGUGCCAGUGAUAACAAUCAAUGCCUGCUAUCAAAGUGACCAUUUGAAUUCGGAGCCAGGAGAAACAAGCACUGCUAAGGAAUACAGCAACAACUGGCUCACUGUGUCCAACUUCAGCCAGAUAAGUUUAGAACCUUAUAUAUAUCAGAAAAUGAAAAUGAAGGAAAUUGAGCCACAUACCACACGAGCCAGGAACUACCUAAAGCAGUCUCAAGAGGACCCAGAUGAAAACCCUUCAUGGAGUCCCAGGAGUACCAACCUCAACAGGAGUUUUCUAAAAAGAAACUCAAGUGAAGUUGACAAGAUCUCAGCCUCCUUAAAAAGCCCUCAAGAGUCUCACCACCAUUAUUCAGCCAUCGAAAGGAAUAAUUUAAUGAGGCUUUCUCAGACCAUACCAUUUACACCAAUCCAGCUGUUUGCAGGAGAAGAAGUGACCAUCUACAAACUUGAAGAGAGUUCCCCUCUGACUCUCGAUAAGAGCAUGUCUUCUUGGUCCCAGCAUGGGAGAGCUGCCAUGAUCCAGGUGCUGUCACAGGAGGAAAUGGAUGGGGGCCUCCGCAAAGCCAUGCGAGUCAUCAGCACCUGGUCUGAGGAUGAAGUUCUCAAGCCUGGGCAGGUUUUCAUUGUGAAGUCCUUCCUCCCAGAGGUUGUACAGACAUGGUAUAAAAUCUUUCAGGAGAGCACUGUGCUUCAUCUUUGCCUUAGGGAAAUUCAACAGCAAAGAGCUGCCCAAAAACUCAUCUAUACCUUCAACCAAGUCAAACCACAAACGAUUCCCUACACACCAAAGUUUCUGGAGGUUUUCUUGAUCUACUGCCAUUCAGCUAACCAAUGGUUAACCAUUGAGAAGUACAUGACAGGGGAGUUCCGGAAAUACAACAACAACAAUGGCGAUGAAAUCGCCCCCACCAACACUCUGGAAGAGCUUAUGUUGGCUUUCUCUCACUGGACGUAUGAGUAUACCCGGGGAGAACUGCUGGUUUUAGAUUUGCAAGGUGUUGGAGAAAAUCUGACAGAUCCUUCUGUUAUAAAACCUGAAGACAAACAAUCAAGAGGGAUGGUGUUUGGACCGGCCAACUUAGGGGAGGAUGCAAUUAGAAACUUCAUUGCAAAACAUCGCUGCAACUUGUGCUGCAGGAGACUCAGGCUGCCCGAUUUAAAAAGAAAUGAUUAUUCUCUUGCAAGGGAACAUUGCAACUCAGGACUUGAGAAAAACACUGAACCAGCUGAGGGGCUUCCAACAAGAGACAGAAAUAGAAAUUCCAUAGAAGAUCACACACGCCUAUAA